UAUCUUCCUCUAACCAAACACUUCACAACGACCAACAAACUUAAACUUAAUUCAAAAUUACACUCAAAUCUUCCCAGAGAGCAUCGACCAAGAUUACACCCACCACGAUGAUCUUCGCCAACAAAAGCUUCUUCUUCAUCAUCACCAUCAUCAUCAUCAUCAGCAUCUCUUUCAUGUUCUUGUCCGAAUCUCAACCCAUUCCUUAUCCUACAAAGCUCGAUCGAUGGCAGCUACUUCAAUCGAACAUAGGUAUAUCUGCCAUGCACAUGCAGCUUCUCCAUAACGACAUGGUCAUCAUGUUCGACCGUACCGAUUUCGGUACGUCCAACAUCUCCUUACCCGGCGGUUUGUGUCGGUACGAUCCCUACGAUACGGCCGUGAAGUUUGACUGUACGGCUCACUCAGUUAUCUACGAUGUCGUCUCGAACACAUACCGGCCCUUGAAAGUCCAAACCGACACUUGGUGUUCGUCUGGUUCGGUUCUACCGAAUGGAACGUUGGUUCAAACCGGUGGAUACAACGACGGUGAACGUGUCAUGCGCAUGUUCACGCCUUGCGGGUACGGAGAAACUUGUGAUUGGAUUGAGUUUCCUCGGUAUUUAGCUAAUCGGAGAUGGUAUGCCACUAACCAGAUUCUUCCGGACGGGCGAAUAAUAGUUGUUGGCGGGAGAAGGCAGUUCAAUUUCGAGUUUUUUCCCCGAGUUCAAUCCAAUAUCCGAGGAUUCAGAUUCGAUUUUCUGAGAGAAACCUCGGAUGGAAGCAAUGAGAACAACUUGUACCCUUUUGUACAUCUGUUACCAGAUGGAAACCUAUUCGUAUUCGCUAACACAAGAUCGAUAUUGUUCGACUACAGAAGAAACAAGAUCACGAAAGAGUAUCCGGAAAUCCCCGGUGGUGAUCCGAGGAAUUACCCGAGCAGUGGAUCGUCGAUAUUACUUCCACUGCAAGAAACAUAUAACCCUAAUAAGAGCAUCGAAGUCGAGGUAAUGGUAUGUGGAGGAGCCCCCAAGGGCUCAUUCACAAAAGCAAACAAACAACAAACAUUCGCACGUGCCGUAUCCACGUGCGGAAGGAUGAGGUUAACCGAUGAAAACCCUAGUUGGCAAAUGGAGACCAUGCCUCUGCCACGUGUCAUGUCUGACAUGCUGCUCUUACCGACAGGCGACGUCAUCAUCGUCAACGGUGCGGCAUCCGGUACGGCCGGCUGGGAAAACGCGCAUGACCCGGUAACCCGACCCAUCAUAUAUCGACCGUACGAUCAUCGUUUCUCGGUGAUGUCCACGUCCGCACGUCCGAGGAUGUACCAUUCCUCGGCCAUAUUAUUAUCCGAUGGCCGUAUCCUUGUCGGAGGAAGCAAUCCACACAUUUACUACAACUUCACGAACGUCGAAUACCCCACUGACUUAAGCCUCGAAGUGUAUUCUCCACCGUACAUUUCUUCGAUCUACGAUCCCUUCAGACCGAAGAUACUAAACUACGACAAAAUACUAAACUACGAGAGGCUAAACAUCCUAUGUUUCUCUAUACAAGAGUUCAUUUCGCUCGAUCGGCUAUCUGUGAGGAUAAUCUCGCCAUCGUUCACGACACAUUCGUUCGCGAUGAACCAGAGGAUGGUGGUUCUAAGAUUACAUGAAGUGGCUCAUCACGAGUCCGGACCCUACUGGAUCACGGCGUUCGGGCCAUCGACGGCUGAGAUUGCACCACCUGGCUAUUAUAUGAUGUUCGUGGUUCACGCCGGUGUGCCUAGCUCCGGUGUUUGGGUGAAGCUCGAGUGAAUAGCAAAGUACGUAACAUGAUUUUAUGAGAACUAUAUACUAAAAUCAGCUGUUUAGUUCACUCUAUGAAAAGGUAAAAUCGAGCACUUUUAUUA